AGAGGAGGGGGAUAUUAUUUGUGUUGAUUCGUUCCUGUGUUAAGUGUCAUCUGUGCUUUGUAACAAAAAUGUAGUCUGUCUGUUAGAUUAUAUAAACUUUAUAUAUAAACCAUUUAAUUUUUGUUUGUCCCUGAACAAUGCUAAAUAAAGGAUAACAAAAGUAAUCUGCUAAUUGUUAAUGAUUCUUUUAGUUUCUGCGAUUAUGAGCUUCUUAUGAAAUUGCCAAUGAGGUUUUUCUAAAGAGAAAUAAUAUAUAGCUUGCAGUUUUCUUUUGUCUUAGUCAAAGUUUAAAUGGACAGAGCAAGUAAAGUUUUGAGAAGGAGUAGUGUUCGUUUGAGAUCUUUAGGUGCUGGUCAUUCUGAUCUGAACAUGGUUAUAUCAGAAUUGAAAGAUCUGAGACAUGCUACAAAAGCAUUUAUGUCUGCACAGAAUUCAGCUUCUCAAGAUAUGGUUAAAUGGGCCACAUGUGAUGAAAAUAGAGCAAUUCAGGACAUUAUGAGCCAGUUAGGUGAAUUAAAUAGCAUGUGGACUGAUGUACAAAAAGAUUUUAUUGAGCAUCUGAAAACAUUUAAAAAUCAUUUUGAAUUGAUUUUAGAAGGUGAAAAACAGUUAGAUGCAGCACAAAAUCAACUGGCUACUUGUGAGUUGAAUGAACAAAGGAUACGUAAAGAGUUGAAAAGAGCUUCUAAGAAAGCAACAGAAGAAGAAAUAAAUAAUUUAGAGAUAAAGUUAUCCCAAGCUGAAAGGGCAAAAUAUUUAGCUCAACUGGAAGUUGUAGAACUAUCUCAUAAAAAUGAGGCUAUAAAGGUUGUUCGGCUGAAGGAAGGUCUCUUAAAACUUUCUGAAGCUUAUGUGGAGCUUGCAAAUAAAUGUGCAAUUAUUUUUGAAGCACAACGGGAAGUAUCUCAUUACUUGCCAGAUGUUCAUAGUCGAGAUAUGAAUGAAUUGAAAUACACUGGUUCUGGUGCUUGUAAACAAGCUGUUGCCAAAGCACGAGAUAGAGUGCAUUUGUAUAAACGCCACAACUAUCGCUUAGUACCUUCAAGCUCAAUCAUAGACCCUCCGCCUCCUUAUACACCAGGCUUCUAUAAUCCAGCCACUGGCCGGCCAUACAACGAAGCCAAUGACAACUGUCUGAACAGUCAAGCUCCUGUGAUCCAACGACAAAGAGCUGUUGCUACAGUUACCAUUUCACCAUCAUGCCCACCUUACCCAUCACCUUCACCACCUCACUACAACAUCUCUUCUUCCAUUGCACCUGGCACCAGGCAACCGAAUGAACUGCGUCGCAGUGGCAGUGGAAAUAACUAUGAAGAUGAACUCUCAGGAGCCAUGGGUGCUACGCAUAUUUGAGAUUUAUCCCCCUCCUCUGAUUUUAUUUUGAAAAAGAAAAAAAUCCAGCCUUGGAUUUUUAAAUUUUUAAAUAUUUCUUUUGUGAUUUAGUGACAAGAAAUAAAUUUCCUAAGAUAAUCUAAGUCGACUAAUCGUGUAUAUAUAGGAAAAUUGCAUGCAUAUAUGCAAAUCCUUUAUUUUUAAGUAUAAUUUAAUGCUGCCACUUGAUGAACAGUGAUAUUUAUUCUUCUUCAAAAUAGAGAACUCCUUGCAGGGUGUUGCAUAUUUUAUAUGGUUUCAUACGGCUGUGUAUCUUUUGAACUUAGAAUUAACUGUACAUUUCAUGUUUUAAUUGUUAUGGAGCUUGAUAUAAAUAGUGAUUAAUUGAUAGUUUAUUUUUUUUUUUCUCCUUAGGUACAAGGGAUUUUAUUUUACUAGUUUAAAACUUAGUUAAUGAAUUUCAUUUACCUUUUUUUCUCUCAUUUGAACACCAGAAACAUUAAUAAAGAUACACUGUACAAAUCUGUGUUGAAUAAUUAUUAUUACAGUGCUUCCCUGGUGUUCUGAUAAUAUUCUAUGUAAAUUUGGAAUACGGCUUUAAAGAAUAGUGUGUGCUUUUUGUGUAAUAUGUACUUAAAUAUAAAGAUAUAGGCAUGCAUAUUUAAUGAUUGGCUGGCUUUAAAACAACAUCUAUUUGAAAGAAUGUUUGCUUAACAGGUAAUGAUUAGUGAAGGAUUGGCUAUGCAUUUGAAUUGUUAGAAUGUGAUCUUGAUUCCUUAAAAGCCUUACAUUGUUUCCAUUUAAAAUACUUUGAAAAGAAAUACGGUUCAUUUGCAAAUCUUUUUGAUACUCGUAUGAUAAAAAAAAUUGUGUUACAUAAUAUAUGUGUAGUGUACUUUUUUCAUGCAAGAAGAAUUCUUCAUCAUUGUGGUAGAUAAUUUCAAUAUACUCUUAAAAAGGCCCAUGAAUUCUUUAUGGAAUGUCUAUGUUGCUUUGAAACACUUUACCAGAGUUUUAUGAUAUUUAAAUAUCCAUUAUUAACAAGAAAGUGCCCUUGGUAUACACACAUGUGAUACAUAUUUGUUUCCUUGACCUUUUUUUUGUUUGUUUUCAUGCAUGUAGUUUAUUUACACAUGGUUAUGAGUUAACUAAUUAUAUACUUAUUCAUUUACAGUAUCUUUAAUAUAACCCUAUAUGUAUACCAUAUUUUCAUCAUCUAAUUAGAAUAAUUUAUUUUACUAAUUCUCCAGUUUCUUUUAAGUAACAAAGGUUGGGAUAGUUAUAUAAUAAAUAUUUCUGGUGUGUUUGUGAGCUUUCUUGUUGAAAGCCUUAAAACUACAUGUGCAAAUGAGUGUAUAGUUUAAUUAUUUGUUUUGUACACUUCAUGUACAAAAAAAGAAUAAAAUGUAUUAACAAUAUUAUUUUUAAAGCAUUUUAUUUAACUUUCAUUCUCAACUUAUUGUUAGCAAAUCUUAAAAUUAUAAGAGUGUGCCACAUCCUCUAUGAAUAGCAUUAUAUAAUUUUUUAUAUUUCAUAAAAAGUAUAUUGAAUGUUAUGAAGGAUUCUAUCAGCAUUGCUGACAAUAUUACGAAAGAAAAAAAAAAGAAAACUAAAU